AAUCUUCCCAAACAGGAAGUGGAGUGCUUGCAGGCCCUGGCCCCGCCCCCUGUUUUUUCUAGGAAGUGUUAUUGUGAAACCCAGUCAGAGCUGCUCAGCUGCAGAGACGCCAGGAGGUCAGCAAAGAUGGCCGAGCUGCUGAAAGACCAGGUGUUCAUGGCCUUCACCACCCAUGCGGCCAUCGUCACUCUCAAGCUGCUGUUGAUGGGGCCGCUGACUGGAUACUUUCGUAUCACCAGAAAGUCUUUUGUCAACGCUGAAGAUGUACCUGGGAAGACGGCAGAGGACAAAAAGAAGAUGCUGAAACCCAACGAAGACGUUGAGAGAGUUCGAAGGUGCCACCAGAACGACCUGGAGAACAUCAUCCCGUUCGUUUUCAUCAGCCUGCUGUACACUCUGACGGCACCGCCACUUUCCACCGCCCUCAUCCACUUCCGCAUCUUCACCGUCUCUCGCUUCUGCCACACCAUUUCCUACAUCCUGGCUCUGCCUCAGCCGUCCAGGGGUCUGUCCUACGUUGCAGGAGUGGGGGCCACCGUCUCCAUGGGGGUCCAGGUGCUCCUCAAAGUUCUGGUCCUGUAGAGACGAGGUGUUUCAUUCCAUUCCGAACGUGCACAUUCUCUGUACUGCUGGAAUUGUUUGGGGCAGUAAAGCUUUCUCUCAACUG